AUGGCGUCCACAACUCAAACACCGACACCAAUCCAUCUAGACGGCACGUCCCUUGAAGGUGGAGGCCAACUCCUACGGGUAGCCCUCUGUCUCUCGAGCCUGACCAAAAAACCAAUCAAUAUCACCAAAAUCCGAGGCAAGCGCUCCGGCGGCGGGGGACUCAAAGCCCAGCAUUUGACCUGUGUGCAGUGGCUAGGCCAAGCAAGCAAUGCGAACAUCAACGGUGCAGAACUCAAAAGCAGGGAAAUCACUUUCAUCCCUUCAAAAGACCUUGAACCGACGAACAGCAUACUGACUGCUGGCGACGUGCGGAUCAAACAAAGCACCCCCGGUAGUGUCAAUCUAGUCCUACAAGCCAUCCUACCGUACAUCAUCUUCUCUGGAGUUGAAACGCCGAUACGUGUACGCAUCGAUGGAGGCACCAACGUUUCCAACUCUCCAUCUAUCGACUACGUCAUUCAGGUCCUCAUACCAAUGUUGGAACUCAUCGGCAUACCACACAUCGGCAUUCAGAUCCAUUCGCGGGGCUGGUCACAGGGAAGUGCCACUGUUGGCAUCGUCACAUACACAAUUUCGCCUAUGAGAGAAAGACUAUCAGCGUUUCAGUUACUCAACAGAGAAGAGAUUGUCAGUGUAACGGCGACGAUCAUCGCACCCAAAGAUACUGAGCGGCAGUUCCGCGAGGAACUCGAUGUCAUGUUUGAGAGACGCCAGUCUCGGUUCUUCGGCUAUGCGGGCGACCACGAUGGUGGGAUUGACACUACAUUUGAAGAUUCACACCACGACAAACGUUACUACCUCCUACUAGUAGCGACCACGUCCAACGGCAUGAAGCUUGGCCGCGACUGGCUAUACAAUCGUGGGUUCCGUGCUGGGAAGCUCGAACAGAUCAUCCCCACCGUCGUGAAGAAGGUAUCCGAUGAUUUGUUAACAGAGAUCGAGCAUGGUGGCUGCGUGGACGAGCACCUGCGGGACCAGUUGGUAGUGUUCCAGGCGCUCGCCAAGGGAAGAAGCAAGGUGUAUGGAGGGAAGAGGAAGGAUGUGCUGAUGGAACCCAGUCUGCAUGCCAAGACUGCACAGUGGGUAGCAAAGGAGAUUAUUGGUGUGGAAUUUGAUGAUGAAGGUGGAUGCAAAAGCAUUGGAUACUUGCCACAUAAUGUGGAUAAGAAUGAUGUGACGGGGUAUGACAUUGCGAAAGAUCUAGAGAGCAUGAACAUCUCUUCAUGA